AUGACUUUGACUUUCGUUCCCCUGCUUGCCGCCACAUCGGCAGUCUAUAUACUGAUCAAACUCUACCAGAUUUUCACCAACCCCCUUAACGCAAUCCCCGGUCCUUGGUACGCGAAAUUCACCGGCUUGCCUGGCACUAUCGCGACCCUCAAGCGGCAGCAAGUUCAGUAUUACCACCGCCUGCACCAACAAUAUGGCCCCUUUGUACGUGCAUCACCAGGCCAGGUCUUUGUAUCAGACGUGAAGGCCUUCAAGACCAUCCACAAGGUCGGAAGCCAGUUUACGAAAGCCGAAUACUACCACUACUUCGGGCCAACCGAGGCUGGCAGCCCUCCGUACGGCUUGUUCCAAAUGACCGACCAGCAUGCCCACUCUCAGAGACGCAAGCUCCUGGGUAGGGGUUUCACAUCCUCCUCGCUGCGUGCAGAUUGGGAAGACAUGGUGCGUGAGAAGGUCACAAUGGCCCUCGAGGGCAUGACCAUCGACGCAAAGAUUGGCAACGGUGAAGUAGAUAUGCGCAAGUGGUGGAUUCUCAUGGCAUGCGAUGUUGUCUCGAAGCUCAUGUUUGGAGAGUCUUUUGACGCUUUGAAGGCCGGAAAGGAAGACCCAUGGUUCGAGGAGGUCAACUUCGCCAACACCGCGGCCUUCACCGCAUUGUCUUUUCCAUGGCUUUAUGCGGUCACCAAGCGUCUUCCUUUCAUUGGAAGUCUGAGAAUGUUCAGCUCCUACAAGGUACUGCUCGACAAGGGCCGUAUUGCCGUCAAGAACAGCAAGCAAGCAGCGGCGUCGCAGGCCUCGAAUCUCUUCUCCAAAGUUCUCUUCCAAGCAGAGAAGGACGAAGGUUCUCUCACAGAUAUGGACAUCUGCGUCGAAGCUGCAGCCUUCAUGAUCGCCGGUACCGAUACCACUUCUAACACCUUGACGUACGGUAUUUGGGCUGUCUUGUUGCGCCCGGAGGUGCAGACUUCUUUGGAGAAUGAAGUUCUUGGGCUUAGUGACGAUUUCACCGAUGCGGAAUUGGAGAGGCUUCCCGUACUUCACGCUGUGAUAGAAGAGACUUUGCGACUCUAUGGUGCCGCGCCUACUCCACUUCCGCGUGUCGUUCCUACGGGAGGCAUCCAGCUUGGCGGCUACCAUCUCCCCGCUGGAACCGAUGUUGCAACCCAAUCGUGGACUUUGCAUCGAGACCCGGAGAACUUCAGCGAUCCAGAAAGCUUUGAUUACUCUCGAUGGAUGCCUGACGGGGAGAGCACCAACUCGGAGACCGCCAAGGCCGCGUUCACGCCGUUCGGGGCAGGGUCUCGAGUGUGCAUUGGUAGGCACUUGGCAGAAAUGGAGCUUCGCUAUGGAAUCACCAUGUUCUUCCGCAAGUUCCAAGGCGCCAGGCUUUCGCCGGCGACAACGCCCGAGAGCAUGGAGAUGGAUAACUUGGUCCUGAUUGAGCCGCGGGGCAAGACGUGCAAGGUUACUUUCUCGCAUAAGCGAUAG